GCUUCGCAGCUCGUUAUGCUGUAAUCUCAUAUCCUGGAUACUGGCGCCAGCCGUCUCGUCGCCUUCUUCUUCAACAAGAUUCUGCAAAAAACAGUUGUAAGCCCUCUUUUUAACGCCAGCUUCGAGAAAAUGAAAGUCAUAGUGUAAUGAUUCAGGAAUGUGUAUAUAUAUAUAUCUAUAUAUAUAAAAAAAGGAAAAGAAAAAAAAUACCGUGGAACGAAAAUUCUUUUACGAACUUGAUCAUUUUACCCUCAGUCGAGUCUUACUUCUUCAGAGAAACAGAUCCAAUGUUUGCUCCGCGAUCCUUCCCGAGAUAAAAAAAAAACCAGGUACCUUUUUUCAUUAAUCAAUUUUCAAAAUGGAAAUACGAAUUUUUCAAUUAACAACGCUAAUAGUAUUAAUUAUCACUAUCAAUGCGACUGCUAAUGAUUUUUUCGAUUUACUCGAGAAUGAGGAGUUUCGAAUUAAUUUAAUAAAAUGCAUCUCUGAAGAUGAACCAUGCGAAUCGCCAAUGGAUCGGAUAAAACCAAUGGUGGUCAAUGCUGUAUUAAAUUACUGUCCUAAUUGUACGGCAUUUGAAGAAGAGCAAGGAAAAAAAUUCAUGUCUUACUUGCAAACGCGUCAUCCCCUAGAAUGGAUAGCAGUCGACGAUCGUUAUAUUUAUUAACUAUUAAUAUUACUAUUACAAUUAGUAAUAAUUACUAACAAAUAAAAUAAUUUUGUAAUUAUUGUUAUACUAAUAAGUUUGUAAUUAUAUUGAAAUUAAUGUAUUUUUCUAAAC